GGGUCACAGCUGUUUUUACGCACAUGAUGCGCAUGCGCCUCAUGGCUAAGAAGACGGAGUGGAGUGGCAGGUCACACCUGGAAGUCUUAUCUGAGAUUAAAACUCGUUUAACGACUGUGUUGAAAGAUCCUCUGCUGUCAGACAUUGGAACUGAUGCUACCUCAGAAGAUCUCAGUGCUAGCAUUGCCUUGCUGCGUGGCCAGGCUCUCACGUUGCAACUUAGAUGUUAUGACGACCAGUCCCUACGUAAUUAGCUAUCCUUUCCAUCAUCCAACGUCAUAAUCUUUAUGCUUUUAGCGCUAGUGGUUCUGCAGGGCUCCACUGUGCAUGAUGUCAUGCAGGCUGUGGAAAGAGCCACAAAACCCAGAGUGAAACAAAAUUGGAAAGCAGCUGUGGUUAGCUGGAGCUAUGUGUGGAAAACGUAUUGGUUGGCCUGUGGUCAAGUACGACUAGAAGAUAAAUCUGCGAGACUGACUGACUAUGGUGUAACCAACCAUUCAGAGCUGAGAUUUGUAAAAAAGCAGAAGAGAACAUGAUGCUGCAUGUAAACAUGUAAAGUGCGCGUCAAUAUUUCUC